CCAGGUUUAUCACCCUCCUCAUUCAGGCAUAACUGUGCAGACUCUCUCUCCCCAUCCUUCAUUGCCUGCCACUCUCCUGUCGUUCUCCUUCGUCCACCACCUUCUCCUGGGAAAUUGGGCAACGACUGGAAACUUUAACUCACAAGCUGCUAAGUUCAGGACACAGCCAUGGCUGAGCGCACGAUCCCUCAUGCUUACCCCAUGAGUAUGGAGUAUGAGAUGAGCAACCCAAGCCGGAUGUAUGAUCAGAACUUUGCUGAGGCCCUGACUCCUCAGGAUCUUCUUACACCAGUGCUGUAUCAUGGCUACUACAUCCGCCCACGCAUCAACAAACAGCUCGAGCGAGGCUUCUCGCAGGUGGACUGCGAGGACGACUGGUAUCGUGUGCUGCUGGACGUCUGCCAGUUCACGCCGGACGAGCUGAACGUGCGCACAGUGGACAACCUGCUGGAGGUUAGCGGGCGUCACUCACAGCGGGUCGACCAGCAUGGCUUUGUCAGUAGGGAGUUCACACGCACAUAUAUACUUCCCAUGGGAGUGGACCCACUUCUUGUGCAAGUGUCAGUUUCGCAUGAUGGCAUUCUGUGCAUUGAAGCACCACGGAAAACAGAAGGCAUCGAACCUGUGGUCAACCAGAUCCAGAUAAAAAUGGACAAAAAGGGAUCCAAGAGUUCCUAAAGUGGAUAGGACUCAUGUUCAUUCAUGAUAGGAUUCAUGUUCAUUUUGUUCUCUCUUGAAUUAUAAUGGCAAGGAAGAUGGGUGAAAUAGGCCAUCAGAAAAGGGGGAUUAAGCUAACUAUUUUCAAUUCAGUUCAAUUAAAUCAGCUGUCUUCCCAUAUGAAACAUGACAUAUCCUUUCUUUUUUACACUUGAUUACCUCUUUGCCUAUGACAUGUUUGAUUAAAAUCUCUCUCCAUGUUU